AUGAUACUGCAGACAUUCACUCAGUGCUUGAAAACCCAUAUCUUAGAUCGCCUCCGAGAGCAAGGAGACACUCCCGAGUCCCUUGACUUACCUUCAAAAGAUGUUGAGGACUUUGAGUAUUCUGACAAACAGCUUGAUGCACUCAUCAUUAGCAAGAACAGGCUUCAUGAACACAAGACACUUCGUAUAAACUACACUACAUAUGAUGUUUGGCGGGAGCAGGACACUAUCAACCCACGCUCACGAGCUGAUCUCAUGGUCUUGGCUCAGGACUUGCAGCCCGACUCCAAUUCCCAUCCCUACUGGUAUGCUUGUUUGCUCUACAUCUUCCAUGUUGACGUGUAA